AGCGCACGGACCAUCAUUACAUGAGAAGAUGGAGACUUUCAGGUAUCUGUUUUGAACGUAUGAAAAGUUUAUGCUAUACCAUACCAUGUUUGCAACUAUGUAUCUUUAAUUUUUUUGGAACAUAUUUUACGUCUGGAACGAAAUAGUGGAUAUGCAAACGGCACUGGGGGACACUUGGAACCAUAACAUCAGCUCUUAUAACCUGUCCUCUACGGAUCCAGACCGCUUCAGCAGCCUGGAGGACAUAGAUAUGACCGCGGACGGCAGUCCAGCGCUUCGAAUCAUGAUAUCAAUCGUGUAUUCUGUGGUUUGCGCAGCGGGUUUGGUGGGGAAUUUGUUAGUCGUUUUCUUAAUGAAAGUGAGACAAGGAAGAAAAAGGUCCACCAUACACUUUUUUGUUCUUAAUCUGGCCAUGACAGACUUCCAGUUUGUCCUGACCCUGCCUUUCUGGGCUGUGGACACUGCUCUGGACUUCAGUUGGCCGUUUGGGAACGCGAUGUGCAAGAUCAUUCUCUCCGUUACUGUUAUGAACAUGUACGCGAGUGUGUUCUUCCUCACUGCUAUGAGUGUUACGCGCUACUGGUCCGUUGCCUCGGCUCUAAAGGACCGCACCAGACACAGAUAUUGUUCGGUGAGAUGGGUGAGCGCAGUGCUCUGGGUUUUUGCCACUGUGGCCACAGCUCCAACGGCUAUUUUCUCCAAUAUGACAAACAUCGCUGGGGAGAAGCUCUGCCUUUUGCGGUUCCCGGAGGGCCAGCACUGGCUGGCUUUAUAUCACUUACAAAAAAUCAUAAUUGCCUUUGUUUUCCCCAUGCUCAUAGUAACAAUUUGCUAUUUGAUGCUCCUACGAUUCGUUCGCCUGAGGAGUAUGAACAACAACCAUCCUAAACGGAGUAACAGAGUCACUAAAUCCGUUACCAUUGUGGUUCUUUCAUUCUUUUUGUGUUGGAUGCCAAAUCACGCUAUCACUUUCUGGGGCGUCCUGGUCAAAUUUAAUGUGGUGAACUGGGACAAGUCUUAUUAUAUGGUUCACACCUAUGUUUUCCCCGUGACCGUGUGCCUGGCACAUGCCAAUAGUUGCUUGAACCCAGUUUUAUAUUGUCUCAUGCGAAGAGAGUUCAGGAAAAUGCUGAAGGAUUUAUUCUGGCGGGUUUCCUCACCUGCGAACAGCUGCCAAAUACGUCCCUUUUCUGCAACUCGAAAAGCCUCUGUCCACCGUGACACACAAAUACCUUUGAAUGUCAUAGACACCGACCUCUGUCAACUAUCCAUUGUAAAUGGGCAAUGUGACGCAUUAGCGGAGGACAGCCAAGCAUAAAGGUUACUUCAUGCGUAAAACCAGAGUUCUAAGCCACUUCGUAAAACAAUUCGUUGUUUUUAUUGUCAAAAGAGUCAAAUAUUACGAAGUGUAUUAUCAUCGACUCAAUGCAUAGGACUAAGAUGAGAACAUUAACUUUUCUAAAUUAACAGUAUUUACGUUUAUAAAUGAUGAU